GGGCAUUAGGAACAGAGGCGUAACUAGGGUUACUGGAGCUGAAAAUGGUGCUCUUUGUGAUGGAGUAAAUCUUAAGGAUUCUGGAUCUGCACCACAAUGGUUCAAUUGACAACAUGAAGAACAAGCUAUCAUUAUUUACGGCCAGAAGACCAUUUCCUGUCUUGGUUGUCUUUUAUGCCAUUGGACUUGCUAGCCUUCUGCCAUGGAAUUUUUUUAUUACAGCCGAUGGGUACUGGCAAUACAAACUCCGCAACGUCAGUUUGGGAGACGACUGGAACGUUGGUAAGGCCAACUACACGACCCUCCAAAUAACAUUCACGUCAACAAUGGUCAUCAUCUCCAACGUCUUCUGCACAGUCUUCCUUGUUGUCUCCUCUGCCAUUGUUAACAGGGUGAGCGAGUGGAUGCGACACGCUGGGUCACUGGCAGUUUCCCUGGCCGCCAUGAUUGUCGUGACGGUCAUGACCUUCAUCAACACAGAUUCAUGGCAAUUGGGCUUUUACAUAGUAACCAUGAUCAUCGUUGCACUUCUUAAUAUGGCGGUUGCUGUUGUCCAAGCGUCAUCAUACGGAUUAGCUGGGAUGUUCCCGGAGUCGUGCAUGAGCGGCCUGGUGUCAGGGCAAGCAAUAUCUGGCAUAUUUUCCUCAGUGGCCAUGAUCGUCUCUCUUCUUGUUGGUGGCAAUGACGUUAUCAGUGCCCUUAUUUUCUUUCUCGUCGCAGAUGUCACUUUAGUGUUAACCAUUGCUGGAUAUAUAUACUUAACCAAAACAAAAUACUAUGCAGAGGUAAAAUCAGCCGUUGUCAAAGGUGAAGUGGAUAAGAAACAGAGUAUAGGUAAUGAUUGGGAAUCCUACCGAACGGUUCUAAAGAAGGUUUGGCUGAUGGGUUUGACGUGUGGCGGCACCUUGCUAUUUACGCUAAUGAUAUAUCCAGCUGUUUUGGUUUAUGUCACCUCAACGUUACCAGACUCCCGCUGGACUGAAGUCUUCUUUCAACCCACUAUAACGUUCCUUGUCUUUAAUAUCGGUGACUGGCUUGGCAGAGAGGCUCCCAGACUGGUUAAAUGGUCACCAGAAACUCCAAAACGAAAUGAAGUCUCAGGCAGCCCUUACCUAUCAAGACUUCAUUCUUCUGUAUCAAAAAAGCCUGGGCCAGAUGGAUGGGGUCUGCACAUUGUGGGAGCAACGAGAGUUAUUUUCAUUCCACUGCUGAUGCUAUGCCAUGGAGACAACAAAACCUUUCCAACGCUGUUUGAUAACGAUGGCUAUUAUGUUGCUCUUUUGUUCCUCUUCGCGUUUACGAAUGGCUAUGUGAUGACAUUAGCCUUGAUAUAUUACCCAGGCCUCGUGUUAGAAGAAGAAACUGAAUUGGCAGGAACGAUUAUGGGGGCCAUUUUGGGAAUUGAGAUGGUCAUCGGAUCUCUCCUGUCUCCUGCAUUUGUAAUGCUCUGGGGACCUACUGGAACUGAUUAAAAAAAGACACUGAAAGAUAGUGAAAAUGCAAGUGAAUUGUACUUAAGCCGAUAACUUCGGCUUGAAACGUGAGAGUAAGUUUUAAUGUUACAAAAAUCAGUUUUUUAAUAUAUAUCUGUCUUCAUAAAGGUAUUUUAGUCUGUGGAACUAUAAAAUGGUGCUUUUGAACAUGGGAAGCUUUACAUUAAUUUAAGAAUCAGUCAAAGACAAUGGGUGUUAUGAAGUGUGAGCCCGCACAUAAAUUAUAUUCCAUAUUAGAGGUGUAUUGAAUAUCCACAUCCACAUCGGCAGGUUAUCCGUAUUUUUUAUAAAUCCACUCUGACAAUUUUUUAACAUCUGCAUUAGCAUUGUGACAACAUCCGCAUCUGCAGUUUGAGAAUGCGGAUGCGAGAAUAUCACCCCCUGCUCAGUGUUCAAUGGUUCAUACUCAUACAUUGUAAUUUAGCUAAAAGCAGAUUUUGGUUUUUAUGUUUUUUGCUAAAUUUAGCCUUUUCGUUUUAUUAUACAGAAUACAUAAUACACAGUUAUACAUUUCCCACAGUAAAUAUUUUAUAAGUAACUCUCUCUCUCUCUCUCUCUCUCUCUCUCUCUCUCUCUCUCUCUCUCUCUCUCUCUAAUGCAAAGAAUGUCUUUGAGUUUUGUUAACCUUAUCAUACAAUAAGCAUGAAAUAAUCUUGUGCUAAGACAACUAGAACGUUCGUGUAUCGCCGUUACUGUUUGUUUGUAUGUUCAUAUGAGAGUAAACACACACGUACAUGAGUAUCACUCAUGUUUCUACUUUUAAUUAAAUUAUUACAUCAAAUAUUAUGUGGUAACACAUAAUUUUGAAUUAUUUGGUUGAAAAUCGUCUUUAACAAUUAAAUAUAUCUAAAUUAUUUAGGUUUACAAAGUAUCCGCAUCCGCGAGGGUAUGGUCAUCAAAUAUCCGCAUCUGCAUCCGUAUCCGCAAAUUUAAAAGGUUGAUAUCCACAUCCGCAAAUCCCACUUGCAGACAUCCGGUACAUCUCUAUUCCAUAGAGAAAAUAUACCAAACAUUUAUAAUCAUAAUACUACUGUUAAUAAAUUGAAAAUACAAUAAAUUGCAAAUAAACUGGUCUCUGGGACAUUAUGGUGAUGGUUCCCAGGAAAUGCUAGUAAGAAUGGUAGGUUUUGAUGUUAGAAUAUCAUAUGACAAUGUUAAAUAGGAAAAACUGUCGCGAAUUGGUGUAUUUCAAUUUGCUAUUGUGAAGUUUUUUUCUUACAAAAUACCUGUAAAAACCUUAGUUUUUAAUAUGAAGCCGAGAAACAAUAGAUGUAAAUCAUCUGAAACAUUUUAUAGAGCCUGAAACACCAAGAGCCAAAUGGUUCCUAGGAUGGGCUCUCAUGUGUAUGCAAGAAACAAAAACGGUCAUCCAGGCCAGAGUGGACUUAUAGUAGAAGCUCUUACUGGACGAUGACAGACAUGUACAAGAAAGAAACAUGAUCAUUCAAGGAAGGAAAUGAACAUUAAAUGUCCGGAGUACUAUGUAUCUGCAAAGUUUUUAUUAUAUUUUUAUGGGUAUCAAAAAGAAAAAAAAAAAAAAAAAAAAAGUCCCGCGAAAAAUAAUUGAUGCUCGUGCAUGUGAGAGAGAGAGAGAGAGAGAGAGAGAGAGAGAGAGAGAGAGAGAGAGAGAGAGAGAGAUUGAAUAGCUUUGUGACAACUGAUGGGAAUACAGAGAGGAAGGUUGACUGAUAUAAUAAAAGACUCACCGCGGGUAAAUAAAAUAAGAAUUUUAAGACUUAAAACCAGAAAAACAUCGAAAUUAGAAAUAGUCAGUUUCUGGCAAAAUCAUUGACAUUACUAGUAGUCCCCAUCCUCAACACCAGUAAACUUUGUGACCACCUGCUUCCCAUCAAAUUAGGUCCAGCUCCGAAGACAGUUUCUUAACGAGUAGAUUUUUUCUUUUCUUUUCUCAGAUUUUAGGUGUUAAAAGCGUGAAAUUUGUUUUCCUUUUCCGCUGAAUUAUUUCAGUCAUAAAAAAAUUCAGUCUAAGGAUCAGUUCAGUUUUCUCUUUCAAAUUACAAAGUUGAGCAAUAUCCAAAUUUACGGAUUUAAGUAAGACCGGAUAACUUUCACAAUAACUUCUUGGGCUUGAAGUGUUCCUUUAGCUUUGACAGACUAAAAGAAGUUUGUUAAAUGGCAGAAUAUUUUUUUUACAUCAAAAUUAAAAGAGUAGUUUAGUAGAAAUUCCUCUAGAUAAACCGCGUAGCACAGCUCAAUGACGCUAGAAAAAGGAUGACUAAAAUUCCCUAGACUGGAAGAGGGCAAAGUAUUAUAAUGGAGCCAGUGGAGGUAUACAACAGACCGUGGACGAGAUACAAAAAAACAGGUCAUCGGACAAAAUCAUAUCACAAGGACACCCUGAAGAUAAUAGGAACCAUAGUCAGUUUAAAAUAGCUCUGUGUAAAUAGGUCAUAUGAGAAAAUGUGUAUAUAACAGAAAAUAGAACCAAAUUUUACCGUUUGGUCGUUUCCUCUUAUCAACUGAAACGCGAUUCCUCGUCGAUUCCUCUCAAAUUACAAUAAGUACCAGAAUAUUUGUAUUUCUUGUAUUUUUUUGCAUUUUUCUGUGAUACAUACUUACUGUGAUGGUGCUUUUUAGCAUUUGUUGCGAAAUAAAAUAUGAAAACAAAUAAUUGGAUCGUAUAAUUUACUACUGUUACCGUAAAUAUAAUUGUUAUUAAAUCUA